AUGAUUCCGGAGCCGAUUCCUGAGUUAUCUCCGGAGCCGAUUCCUGAGAUGACUCCAGAACCGAUUCCUGAGAUGACUCCGGAGCCGAUUCUUGAGAUGAAUCCGGAGCCGUUUCCUGAGUUGACUCCGGAGCCGAUUCUUGAGAUGAAUCCAGAGCCGAUUCCUGAGUUGACUCAGGAGCCGAUUUGUGAGUUGACUCCGUAUCCGAUUCCUGAGAUUAAUCUGGAGCCGAUUCCUGAGUUGAAUCGGGAGCUGAUUCCUGAGUUGAUUCCGGAGCCGAUUCUUGAGAUGAAUCCGGAGCCGAUUCCUGAGUUGUUUCUGGAGCCGAUUCCUGAGCUGACUCCGUAG